AUGGCAGGUGUGAAUGCCUGUGUAAAAUGUUCUAUAUUUAUCUUCAACUUUAUGUUCUGGCUGUGUGGUGUCGUCAUCCUGGCAACGGCAAUUUGGCUACGAGUAAGCAAAGAUGGUCGAGAGAUUCUCAGUCCUGAGGGCUUAGGCACUAACCCCAAUAUUGCUGCAAAUAUCUUGAUCGCUGUGGGUAGCAUCAUCAUGAUGCUGGGUUUCCUGGGAUGCUGUGGUGCCAUGAAAGAAAACCGCUUCAUACUUGUUUUGUUUCUUAUAGGAUUGCUUCUGAUCCUACUGCUGCAGGUGUCGGCAGGUAUCCUAGCAUUUACUCUCAAAACUAAGACUGACCAUGUUCUGAAUGACGGUUCCCAUGCUAACAUGUCUCUUUUGAGCUUAAAAAAUGAAGAUAGAAAAAUGUUCCAGAAAGCCUUUUCUGAAAUUCAAGAAAAGUAUAAAUGCUGUGGUUUGGUCAAUGGAGCUUCUGAUUGGGGAAAUAAUUUUCAGUACUAUUACAAGUCAUGUGAAUGUCCAGAUGCAUCAGACUCUUCUUGUACAAGUUAUAGUGGAAAAACUAUUUACAAACAGACAUGCCUUCCUUUGGUAAGAGGCCUUGUUUCUAGACAUUUUUCCUUAGUUACUGGACUAGCGUUUGGACUGGCAGCUGUUGAGAUACUUGCUGUGAUAUUUUCUAUUGUCCUAUAUGGCAACACAAGGAAGAAAUAA